AUGGAUGUUACACUUUCAACUACAACUACAGCAAUGGCAGCUGAUCCUGUAACUUCAUUGUAUGAAAUUGCUUAUAAAUUAGAUUCAAGUCAACAAUUUGCAGGUGAUGAAGAAUUAUUUAAAACGAUUAUUGAUUUAUCAAAGAGUAAUAAGCAGACAAAACAAUUGUCAUCACAAUUCUUUUCAAAGUACUUUAAGAGAUUUCCUUCCACUCAAGAAAAGGUUAUUGACAGUUUGAUCGAUUUGAUCGAAGAGGAUGAUAUCCCUGUUCGUGUCAGUGCUCUCAAAGCCAUACCUUCUAUUUGCACUGAUAAUCCAGAGUACAUUGCAAAGUUGGUUGAUAUCCUUGGUCAAUUAUUAAAUACUGAUUCACCAAUCGAGUAUGAAAGUACCAAAAACUCAAUCAUUGAAUUGUAUAAACUCAAUUCUGCCAAUACUUUAAACUCGAUUCUCUUGUCACUCGAAACUGACAAUCAAAGAGAAUUCAUGUUAAAGUUUAUCAAGGAACGUCUCAUGUCUCUUAUUAGAUUAGAGUAUAAACAAAGUACAAUGGAAGCUCAAUCAUUCUUUAGAGAAAGAAUUUUAAAGUUGAUUGGAUCAUCAAAAGAUGGUGAAAUUGAAAUAUUGGUAGAAUUAUUUAAUUGUUUCCCAAAAUACAUGUUAAAGGAUGCAAUUGUAUUUUGUGAUACUCUUUUAUCAUUGAUUCAUAAAUUACCAGUUGUUGAAACAAAGAAAAAAGUUUAUUUCAUUUUAGAUAUGUUGGUUAAAAAAUCUACUCAAAAUAAUAAUGAACCAGUUGGUAGUGGAAUUUUUGAAUUUUAUAAAACAAAGAUAUUCCCAUCAUUAAAUGAUAUGUUGGAAGCUGAUCAAACUGAUUUUAUCACUAAAUUUGCUCUCAUCACUCAAUCUGCCAAUACCAAUGACGCCCCAGAAUUAUUUGAAAUUGUAUUUAAACUUUUAAAAGACAAAAUACCAGUACCAGCACCAAUUGAUUAUGAUUUUAAAUUGACAAUACUUGAAGCACUUUUAUUGUCAUUUAGUAAUUUGGGAGCAAAAUCACCAGCACAAAUGAGACGUCUUUGUGCUUACAAGACCAACACUGGACAACCAAGCGACAUGGCAACUGAUUUGGACCCAAGCAAGUUUGAUGACUUUGUUGCAAGAUUGCGUGUAUUGAAUGAUCGUAUCGGAACGACCGAUGCCAAGUUGAAAAAGGCAAUUGAAGUCUUGCCAAAAUCAGACACUGAACAACUUGCCCAACUCAUCAAAUCACAAAAGACAACCUCCAACCUCAUCCAAUUUAUCCGUAAUCUCUCUAAAAAUCCACCCAUCCUCAACAACUCGGCCAUCAGACCAUCAUUUGCCAAAGAACAAAACCCAAUGAAACAAUUUAAAAAACAAUAUCAACCAAAUUAUCAACAUCAACAAGUAGGUGGAGGACAAAAACAACAAAAACAAAAGAAUCAAGUAGGACAAAAACAACAACAACAAAGUCAACAAGGUCAACAAGAAACACAAGGACAAUCAAAAAAUAGAUAUCAACCAUAUGUACCACCAAAUCUUAGACGUUCCAAUGAUAAUAAUAAGCAACAACGUGGUGGAGGACAAGGCCAACAACAAAAGAGCGGUGGAGAUGAACCAAGAGUACAAUUAGAGUUUUUUACAGAAAAAUCAAAAACAAAACAACCUUCUCCUUCUUCAUUCAAAGGUAGAGGAAGUAAGAGCUUUUAA